AUGUCUAGUGACGGACCUGCCUCUACAACAGGCCUACAAGCCUCAGUCAGCCUCUUCAGCCUAUUGGCGGACAGUCUGAAGCACUGCGGGGCGGGAUUGUUGCGUUCCUGGUGUAACUCGGGCAGUGUUGCCAUCCUGUACCGGUCCCCAUGUAAUGUAGUCUCCCCAUCUGACAACCCUAAACAGGUGUCCUUGGUGGCUCUUGGGCCGCUCACCAACCUGGCUCUAGCCAUCCGACUGGACCCUUCUUUCCAACAGAACCUGAAGGAGCUCAUCAUUAUGGGAGGCAACAUGGAGGGUAAGGGGAACGUAUCUCUAUGUGGAGAGUUUAACUUUGUGAUGGAUCCUGAAUCUGCCUUCAUCGUCCUGGAGGAGUACCUCUGUCCUACACGCAUAGCAUCAUGGGAAUAUUGCUGUAGGAAUAAACUGGAAUGGGAAUUCUUUGAAAAACUGAUCAACGAGGACACGCCCGCUGGUCGCUUGAUGAAGGCGAUCACGUCCAAGUGUUGGGGUUAUUCCAAGGAGGCCAUGUGAGUAGAGGGAUUGUGUAC